GCCGGCGAGCCAGGCGCCUUCAGCCGUCGCGGGUUGGGUGCUUCCCGGCACGUCGUGGCGGCGUUCGGGGUCUUUCCCCCUUCUCUCCCACCCCGGGCGGGCGGACCUGGUCUCAGGCUCCAGGAUGUACCACAACAGCAGCCAGAAGCGGCACUGGACGUUCGCCGGCGAGGACCAGCUGGCGCGGCUGCGGGCCGACGCCAACCGCAAGUUCAAAUGCAAGGCGGUGGCGAACGGGAAGGUUCUUCCAAAUGAUCCAGUCUUUCUUGAGCCUCAUGAAGAAUUGACACUGUGCAAAUACUAUGAGAAAAGAUUAUUGGAAUUUUGUUCAGUGUUUAAGCCAGCAAUGCCGAGGUCUGUGGUGGGUACAGCUUGUAUGUAUUUCAAGCGUUUUUAUCUCAAUAACUCAGUAAUGGAAUAUCACCCCCGGAUAAUAAUGCUCACUUGUGCAUUUUUGGCUUGCAAAGUGGAUGAAUUCAAUGUGUCUAGUGUGCAAUUUGUUGGAAAUCUGCGGGAUAGCCCUCUUGGGCAGGAGAAGACACUUGAACAGAUUUUGGAAUAUGAACUGCUUCUUAUACAGCAACUUAAUUUCCACCUUAUUGUCCACAAUCCUUAUAGACCAUUUGAAGGCUUUCUCAUUGAUUUAAAGACUCGCUAUCCCAUGUUGGAGAACCCUGAGGUUUUGAGGAAAACAGCAGAUGACUUUCUUAACAGAGUUGCGCUGACAGAUGCUUAUCUUUUAUACACACCUUCUCAAAUCGCCCUGACUGCCGUUUUAUCUAGUGCUUCUAGAGCAGGAAUUACUAUGGAAAGUUAUUUAUCAGAAAGUCUGAUGCUGAAAGAGAACAGAACUUGCUUAUCACAGUUAUUAGAUAUAAUGAAAAGCAUGAGAAACUUGGUAAAGAAAUAUGAACCACCCAGACCUGAAGAAGUUGCUGUUCUGAAGCAGAAGUUGGAGAGGUGUCAUUCUGCUGAGCUUGCACUUAACGUAAUUACGAAGAAGAGGAAAGGGUAUGAAGAUGAUGAUUAUGUCUCAAAGAAACCCAAACAUGAGGAGGUAUGUUCUCCAAAGGAAGAAUGGACUGAUGAUGACCUGGUAGAUUCUCUCUAACCAUUUGAAAUUGAUUUGUCAAUGCUAACAAAUCAACAGAAGGAUGAAGCUUAUCUGGCAUUUAAAUUUCUUUAAAAAUGAAAUAAUGUGAAAGCAUCAAAAUACAGUAAACUUUUUUAUUUAUUUGAAAGUUUCUCCUUUCAGGGUAGCUUUAUGUGAAAUAAGAUGUUCAAAGGACCCAGAGUAGCACCUGGUUUGGAUAAUCUGAUCCCCCCCAACCCCCAUGACUAAAAAUCAAAUUAGUCUUCCUAUAGUAGCCAAAGCUGUAAAUUACUUGCCUAUGUUGUUUUAAACAAAAUGCAAUAAACAUCCCUUUUGAAAAAAGGCACCA